GGGAUUUAAAUUGAAUCAUGUUACUUUUAUGGGACUCUGGUCGACGGAUUAUGUAAAUCUGGAGAAACAAGAGCUGCCCUGCAGGUUCUUAGAAAGAUUGAUGGGCCGUUGGUUCGGCCUAAUGUGGUCAUGUACAAUACAAUUAUUCAUAGUUUGUGCAAAAAUAAACUUAUAAUUGAUGCCUCUGCUUUAUGUUCUGAAAUGAUUGUCAAGAGAAUUUUUCCGGAUGUUGUCACUUAUACUACUCUAAUACAUGGCUUUUGUAUUGUGGGUCAAUUUAAAGAAGCAGUUGGUUUGUUAAAUCAAAUGUUGUUGAAAAACAUCAGCCUGGAUGUUCAAACUUUUAAUACAUUGGUUGAUGGUUUAUGUAAGGAAGGAGAAGUUAAACAAGCUAGAAAUGUGUUAGCUGUUAUGAUAAAACAAGGUGUGGAUCCUGAUAUUUUUACUUAUAUUUCUUUGAUGGAUGGGUAUUUCUUGGUUAAAGAAGUGAACAAGGCCACAUAUGUAUUCAACACUAUUGCUCGAAGUGGAGUGAUUCCUAGUGUUCAAAGCUACAGUGUUAUGAUUAAUGGAUUGUGUAAGAAAAAAAUGGUGGAUGAAGCCGUCAAUCUCUUCAAAGAACUGCAAAUAAAAAACAUGGCUCCCGAUACUAUAACAUACAAUUCACUUAUUGAUGGACUUUGCAAAUCAGGAAGAAUAUCUGAUGUUUGGGAUCUUAUAGAUGAGAUGCAUAAUAUAGGCCAACCUGCUGAUGUUAUCACUUACAAUUCCUUAUUGGAUGCUUUGUGCAAAAACCAUCAGGUUGACAAGGCAAUCACAUUAUUAACGAAGAUCAAAGACCAAGGAAUUCAGCCAAAUAUGUAUACUUACACUAUACUUGUUGACGGACUAUGCAAAAAUGGAAGACUUAAGGAUGCACAAGUGGUUUAUCAGAAUCUUCUUAUUAAGGGCUAUCAUUUAGAUGUUAAAAUGUACAGUGUGAUGGUCAAUGGGCUUUGUAAAGAGGGCUUGUUUGAUGACGCAUUGUCCUUAGUGUCAAAAAUGGAAGACAACAGUUGCACCCCUAAUGCUGUAACUUACGAAACUCUUAUUCGUGCUUUGUUUGAAAAUGGCAAGAAUGAUAAGACGGUGAAACUUCUUCGUGAAAUGAUUGUUAGAGGUAUAUUGUAAUGUAAAACCAGGUGACAUGUGUUCAAGUCACAUGGUGUAAUAAUCUAAUGACUAAUGAUAUCAAGUUAAUGAUUAUAUGCUUCUAUUUUUCCAGUUUCAAAGAUCUUAAUGUCCUAUGUCAAUUAGAUAUACAUGAU